CUGUUCUUGGUCAUGGCCAUCUCAGCAGGCUCCUGGAUGUGAAGUACUUGCUUGGCACUUUGGUGAUGAGCUGCUGUCUGCGUUGCCAGUGGUGGACAAAAGAGAGCCCGGUGCCCUGGUAGAAUUCAGCUUAGCCGUUCUGCCCAUGAUGGGUGCUUCUACGUUAUGAACAAGAGAUAGUAGCAGCACAGCUGGACUCUCCAACAAUUUCCAGCAGCCAGUACUUUUCCGAAAGGUGUCUGCAGUUGUACCAUAUCAACAAUGAAGUUUACUGUGGCAGACUAUGCUAUUUUUGUGCUGCUGCUAGUCUUCUCGGCAGGGAUAGGACUGUACUAUGCACUGACUGGUGGGAAGCAGCGCACUGUCCAAGAAUUUCUGCUGGCCAACCGUAGCAUGACCUUCUUACCUGUGGCUUUUUCAUUGCUUGCCACUUUCCAGUCAGCUGUGGCCAUUCUCGGCGUCCCCUCUGAAAUCUAUCGCUUUGGGACCGAGUACUGGUUCCUUGGUUGCUCCUAUUUCCUGGGGCUUCUCAUCCCAGCUCACGUCUUCAUUCCAAUCUUCUAUCGCCUGCGACUUACCAGUACAUAUGAGUGCUUCCAAGUCUUGCAACUUAUGGCAUGGGGCUGAGUUAUUUGAGGGACCACCUCUCCUCUGUUACAUUUACCCAUCACAUCAGCUACAGCAGAAGGGGCAUGUUGCGGGUCCCAUCUACAAAAGAGAGCCAUCUGAUGGGACCCAGGAGGAGAAC